AUGGAUCUAACGCAGGAAGACUCAUCGACGGCGAGGUCAUGGAUGCCCAAGUUUCUCAGGAGAAAGAAAACGAAGAAGGCACCAGCUGACGAAAGAACCUCGUUGCUUCCCAAACCAGACGAUGAAGAGCCGGAUGGCAUAGAAUCUGCCAAAACAGAUGAAGGCACUUGGUUUCAACGCAUAGUCUCAGAGUUCUGGGUGUUACUCAAGGCUUCUAUUCCAGUGAUCCUAGCUUACUCCCUACAAAACUCGUUGCAGACCGUGUCUGUCCUGAUCGUUGGACGAGUGAGCCCGGAAGCUUUAGCUGUUGCUGCAUUCAGCUACAUGUUCGCCAUGGCUACAGCGUGGCUCAUAGGGUGCGUACACUUCGAGGACGCUAUGCGAGAGCUAUGCACUGAUAUCUUGUAGCAUGGGAGGCACUACUGCCAUUGACACACUUGCAUCCGCUUCUUUCACCGGCAGCAAAAACAAGCAAGACCUAGGCAUCAUCCUCCAACGCGCUUUUCUCGUUCUCGGGCUCUUCUACAUCCCCGUUGCUGUUCUCUGGAUUUGCUCCGAACCCGUCUUCAAGGCUCUUGGACAAGAAGACUUCAUUGCGAGAGAUUCCUCGAAAUUUCUCAGUGUUCUUAUCCCUGGCGGUCUGGGGUACAUCUAUUUCGAAUGCAUGAAGAAAUACCUUCAGGCGUGAGUGUCAUUCCAUAACUCUCCUGUUCUGCGGUAGCUAAUCCCAUUUCUUAGCCAAGGACUCAUGCGUCCUGGUAGCUAUGUACUACUCAUAACGUCCCCCAUCAAUGCCGGCUUGAAUUUUCUCUUCGUCUACACUUUCGAGCUUGGCCUCAUCGGAGCGCCAAUUGCCACUGGCAUUUCCUACUGGCUCUCGUUCUUCCUCCUCCUGGCCUACACGCGCUUCGUUGCCGGCUAUGAAUGUUGGGGCGGCUUUGACCGGAAAUGCUUGCAUAACAUCGGCAGCUUCGCGAGGAUUGCGCUCUUGGGAGUCAUCCAUGUUGGCACUGAAUGGUGGGCAUUCGAAAUUGUGGCCAUUGUCGCCGGUCAACUUGGGACUAUCCCUCUCGCUGCGCAGUCUGUCAUCAUGACUGCUGAUCAAGUUAUGAAUACGAUUCCGUUCGGUGUUGGUGUGGCUACUUCGGCGAGAGUGGGCAAUCUUCUAGGCGCGAGGGACGCUCGAGGUGCGGCUCUCUCUGCGAAUACGGCUGCGUGGCUCUCGAUGAUUCUGGGCGCUGUGGUCAUGGCCAUUCUUCUGGGAACGAAGGAUAACUUUGCACGACUCUUCAACGACGAUAAAGAAGUCGUCAAACUCACAGCACAGGUCCUACCGUACGUUGCUCUCUUCCAGAUCGCAGACGGGCUGAACGGAUCUUGUGGCGGGGCACUCCGAGGAAUGGGAAGACAGCAUGUUGGCGCUGCUGUGAACAUUCUGAGCUACUACUGUGGUGCUCUACCUCUUGGAGUGUAUCUGAGUUUUCACGGAUGGGGGCUUGCCGGGCUUUGGGUUGGACAGUGCAUUGCGUUGUAUAUUGUUGGGGUUUUGGAGUGGGCGAUUGUGGCUUUCAGUAAUUGGGAAAGACAGGUUGAGAAUGCGUUCAAGAGGAUGGAUAGUGGAGAGAGGCUUGAGCAAGGAGAGGGCGAGGAGGUGGAUGGAUAUCAUGUUUAA